UGGACUAACUAACUUAUAACUAUAAUUUCCUUCCUAUAAUUUCGAAAAUGUUAAACGCUAACGAUUUGGCAAUAUCGAAGAGGUAGAAGUGAGAUUAUUGGUCCCAUCGGUGAUCGUAGAAAAGUCAGGGAGGCCAGAAAUGCCAGAGAAAUGAGUGCAGGUCGGACCAGAACAAUACACACGGUAUGCCAAUUCGAAAUGGGGCCAGAAUAGCAGAAGCGGCGGUCCGGUAGUUGGGUAACUAAGCUCGCACAGAAGUAAAGCCUGUCAAAAUCAAGUGGUGGUGCAGCCAGUAGUUCUCGUUUGCCAGUAAGGAGCGUUACCACGGUGUUCGACAUACCCUCGACUCGUCGCUGAUAUCGUAUCUGUCCUGAUCAAAUUUUUAAACGAUCCUGUGGUUCGACGAACUCUCGCUCUUCUGACGGAGUAGAGCAUGACGAGGAAACAAACGGUGAUCGUGAAGCUUAAGAGAUCCAGCGCUGGAAAACCUUGGGGAAUACGUAUCGCUGGAGGCGCUGAUUUGGGUACGCCGAUCGUCGUCACCCGCUCGGAGAACGAGGCGCUCCAGAGGGGUGACGUGAUCAAGAAAAUCGACGAUUACGACGCGCGAGACGUGAGGCACGUAGACGCCCAGAAUCUUCUUCAAAACUCUGAAUCUAUAAAGCUUGUAGUCGAAAGGUCUGAGCCGUCGAGUGCAUCUCGUAUCAACAUUACCACGUCACCUCCGAUUAUCAAGUCGAACUUUGGCGACAGGGCUGCGGUCACUAGUCUACAAAGACAACCAAAAGUACCGUCGGGAUUGCCGAAGAGCCCUUUACCGCCGCCUUUACUCGACGAUUACAGUCGACCCACAACACCCCAGGAAGGUUUUAAUUUACCGCACGAACAUCUCGACGAGAUUCGCGAGGAGAAGGCCUAUUUGUCGCAGCCAUACCGCACAACUCCUCUGGUCUUGCCAGGUGCAAAGAUCAAAAAGGAUGCUCCACUCGGUGAGUGCUACCUUCGCCAUCAUCCGAAUCCGAUGAUCAGGGCGGCACCGCAUCAUUACGAACCGGCUCAUCCUGAGGUUGCUAUGAAACAAAAGGUGGCGGAAUCGGUACUUCAACGCGUCUUGGGACCGAACGAAGUUCCAAAGGUGGUGCACAAACAAUUCAACUCGCCGAUUGGUCUCUACUCCGAACAAAAUAUAGCCGAUACUAUUAAGUGCCAGGCAUCCGCCAUACCCCCGAAGAAGCCGAUGAAGUACGACCCGAGUAAGAGCGAGGCAUACAAGGCUCUGCAAGAGGAAGUCCUUGGUGACACAGUGCAGGAAGUGAAACAACCGGCGCGCACCGGUGUCUUUUCGCCACAGAAAGUCAAUCAAAAUAGGGUACAUCACGCUCGACCGAAGAGUCCUGCCGGAUCAUACAUAAAUGUCCUUGAGGAAGACGGUGAGAAGAUCCACCAAAGUAACAGCUUCAAGAGGAUCAUGUACAGUGUGCUGGGACAAACAGAUUAUUAAUUUCUAAACUGAUAUUAUAAAUAUAUUUUAUUUAUAAUAUAUAAUUACGUACUUUUCUCUCUCUAUAUAUAAAUAUCCUUUAUUUAUUGUAUGACGAAAUAAAUGGUGAAACUAUUAAAUUAAUAACUAGGUAUUAAGAAUGAAAUAAAAUAUUUAAUGCAACUUACUACGGUGUUCGAAAUAUAAAUAAAAUAUUUAAUAUUGAUACUUAGAUGAUUUACAAACCUCUGCAAGAUCUUAACCUUCGCGUUAGCGGAAGUUCAACCUGUUGCUGCCUUAUCUGCUACCGGAAGUUGAAACUAUUAUUCUACCAAUUACUUUAGAUUACGCAUCUAGUGGCAGAAUGAAGAACUAAAAUUCAAAUUUUUCAAAUCUAGUUCCUUAUUCAAACUUACUGAAGGGGAUAAUUUUUUUCAUAUAACUAAUUUUUAACAUAAUUUAAUUUAAUAAUAAGGUGUUACAAUAUUUUAUCGCAACAUCAACGUAUUCGUACUAAAUAAAUUUCAAUUUAUUUGCACUAAUAAUUCCAAUCUAUCGAUCUUUAUUAUUAAAGCAUACACAUAUGUGUGAUCGUUAUUAUGCAUAUAAUAACAAGAGUGGAAUAAUAGUACCGCAGUUUGCAUUGGACCACAUUGCAUCUAUAAUAUUCUAGCGAGUUUUAAUAUAUCAUAAUACUAUUUUGUUUUGUACACAUGUUAAAGAGAAGAAAAUUGCAGUUCCAGCAAAGUGCCACCAUUUACUCAAACAUUUACCAAUUACAAAUGUAUCUAAUCAAAAUAGAUACAACAUUUUCCAAUCAAUUACACGGUACGAUAAAUAUUCCAUUCACAAAAAUCCAUCUUUCAAACGAGUUGUAUACAGAAGAACAUAAAUACUGUGCCUUCGCAGACUAUGCAGCAACCAACGCUCACAGCUGACUCAAAUAGAAUAAUAUUACAAUUUUUCUGUUUGCUCUAAAUAUUCACUAGUACUAGCAAUUUGUCUUCUACUCCCAUCACUCUUUUUAAAAGGGUGAGCUUUUCGAAACCUUUCGAGGAGUAACAUUACGACUCGAUUUCGUCAACAUUCUUUCUUAUUACACUUACGCAAAUCUAUGUACGUUACGUAACCGAGUCUAACGCUACAACUGAUUUUUCUCGUUUAUUCCUGCCAUCCUACCAAUCAUUUAAUUUUUUAUAAAAAUAAAAUAGAGCGAGGAUAAAAAAUUAAAUUGAUUGGAUGUCCUUCUCUACGACAAAAGUAAACGAAUAAAAAAAUUGUCGUAAAUUCUCUUUACCAGCCUCAAAAGGUUUUAUUCGAAUCUCUAGUCAUAUAACUAUCGAUACAUUUACGCUCUGCGUAAAAUGUUGCAUAAAUUAAAAAUAAUACUUUCUUUUUUUAAUCUUAUUCGAUCCAUAAUAUUAGUUUAUCGACAUAUUAACAAAAUAAAGUACAAAUGUUUACGCGCAAAUAUUUUCAUUUCAUGUAAAAUCUGUUUUCUUACAAAAUUUACAAACUGAGCAAUGAGUAAAGAAUGUUGGGAAGUAUUAUAUUAAUGUAAUUUUCAUAUUUUUUUUGGCAUAUUUACAAUAAUAAAAGAUUUUUGUAAACUCAAACAUACACUGGCCUCAACAUUCAACUCGCAUACUAACAUAAAUUAUAUAUCACGUAUUAAAAAAAAAAAAAAUACAGAAUCGCAUUCAAACAUUAAAUAA